AUGUACAUUGAUUCGCGAGAUUCAGGCACCUGCAUGGGAAUGAAUCUUGGAUACCCUAUCAAUCCUGCACGUGAUCUCGGACCACGAUUGUUUGCGUUCUUCAUUUACGAUAUCACAACUACUACUUCUGGAUACCGAUUGUCGCGCCGUUCUUUCGGAGCUGCUCUAGCGGCGUGGAGUUAUCACCUCUUCAUCGGUGCUCAUAUUCCCGAUCCGGUGCAGGAGUAUGUCCUGGAUGAAGUCAAGCAACCCCUGAAAUCAGCGAACGAUGCCUAG